AUGGACAACUCGAACUGGUCCGACAACAACUCUUCCUCCACCGACCCUGCAGGCUGCGCCAACCAGGGAACGGGCGGCGGGUCGAACUCUCAGUCGUUCAAUCAGGGACAGGGACAGGGCAUGGGCGGCGCGUAUGACAACAUGCAGUCGAGCCAGCAGACGGACAAUCAGGGACAGGGACAGGGCAUGGGCGGCGCAUAUGACAGCAUGCAGUCGAACCAGCAGACGGACAUGGGAGGCGGACAGGGCGCGAUGGGUUCAGGCGUCGCGGGGGGAUACGAGAACAACUCGUCCCAGCAGAGCACGAACCAGGCACAGAGCGGACAGAACCAGGCACAGAGCGGACAGAGCCAGGCACAGAGCGGAGAAAAGCAGGACUGGCUCGACAAGGGCAUCGCGUUCAUUGGGAAGAAGGCGGGCAUGAACGUCAGCAACACUCAGGCAGACACUGCUGGUGACUUCGCCAACAAGCAGUUCAACAAGCGUUCCGGUCGCAACAUCCCUGGAGUGCAGUAG